CUCUCUCUCUCUCUCUCUCCUUGCUCCCUUCCCUCCCUCCCUCCCUUAGAUUUCCCGACGCAGGUGGAGGAGUGAAUGGCUGCGUAAAUAAGAGGCAGGGAUGCAGUGAGGGAGGAAGAAGAGGAGGAGGAGGAGGAGGAGGAGGAGGGGGCCAGCGGCGCAUCCCCCUCCCCAAUAUCGCAUGCCUUCCCGGCCUGUGGAUGGAGCGGGAGAAGCACCUGCAUCGCUUGCAUCGCCCGCCUUUUGCAGCGCCCAGGCCUCGAUCUCUUGCUUUUCUAACACGGUCCCGAGGAGUGAUGGGGGACAACGGGAGAGAAGGAGACUUCUUCUGAAUGAGUUCCCGGGCCUUCCCUUUUGAGGCAUGGUUGCACGCCCACCCCAGCCUCCGGCACCGCUUUCGGGGAAGCCGAUCCUAGAAGGAAAAGGGGCCGCGAGGAAUCGCCCACGGAGGAAGCGGGACACGGCGCCGGAAUAAUGCCGGAAUCACUUCGGAAGGCUGUCCAGCUGCAGCAGAGCAUGGAGUGAAGACCCUGCGGUUAGAUUGAUGGAUGACCAAGAAGAGAAGGAUUGUGCCUCUGAAGCCCAGGAAACGAUCCUGAUUAAUGGGGUGAAAGAAGAUGAACCACACGACUUGGAUGGUGACGAGAAGCCUUGCCAUGUUGCGGAGGCUGCCACCUCGUUCCCAGCCCUGAGUGCCGCAGCCCAUAAGGAAACCCAAGGCCUCCCCCGUGCCCAGCCGGCCCCCACUUGCAAGAAGCCUUGCUGGCUCAGCCCUCCCUCCCCGCUGAGGCUGGCCGACGUGCCCGACCACAUCUCCGAUGACUCCUCCUCCAUCCACGCCAUUUCCCUGACGUCGUGUGUCACCAAGGGCAUGAGCGCCUGGUCCCUGCCCGGAGACUGCGAGAAGGCUCCCUUCACCAUCAUGGAGCCCGGGAGCAUGUCCGCACUCACCGGCGACUGCCUGAUGCAGCCCAGCCGGACUUGCUUGGGCUGCUUCAUCGAAUCCAAGGACGGCAUUGACGCCGAGCCCGGAAUCAGCCUGAAAGUGGGGGAUAUAAAUAGAGAUUAUGACACCUGUUCAGUCUCCGAUAUUGGCAUUCACUGCAUGAGCACGGGAGAAACCAUGAGAUACGGGGAUCAACUGCUUUCAGACCAGCUUUUAAGCUUCCCUGUGCAUAAAUCAAGAGCGGCAGACAAAAGAGAUGCUGAGAAAUCCGACAGCGAUUCCGAGGACCCCGCUCAGAAAAAUUAUUACGAGGGAUUACUCUUAGACAAGUGCAACGGGGAAGAACCUUUGCUCACAAAUCCCAACCAGGAAUGGGGUUAUUUUGAAUCUUUCAUUAGUGAAAGCAAAAUUGAACUGCUCGACCUCUGCUCCAAAAACGAGCUUUCUGUCAAUCUGUUUUCUGAGGAAGACGUGGAUAAUUACAUGUUUGACGAUGACGAUUCCACGCUGGGGAGCGACGUCUGCUCCCUCAAGAUCCGCUACGAAUCCUUCCAGGACAACGUGAGGGAGAAGACGGGCGGCUUGCAAGAGGACACCCAGUUCAACUUCUUCCCGAGUGUCUUCAGCGGAUGCUCCAAGCACGAAGGCCGGGCGGCCCUGAAGAGGGGUCCUCGGGGGGCCACGGAGAGCUCCCAGUUCAAGUCCGAGGAGAGCAUCGUUUGGGGGGAAGAAGAGGCCGACGGAGAGCGGGGAGAGGAGGACGACGAGGAGACGGAGGGUGGGAAAGUUGCCUUAAACAAAUCUUGCACCAGUACCGAGGUAGUACAAUACAUUGGUCCCAAAAGGAACCACUUCUUGGAACUUGUGAACUCCACCGAAGACUCCGGGGAAUUCAGCGAUGACAGCACCUGCACGGAAUCAUCCUUUGACGUGCUCCAAGAUCUCAAGGACUGUAACAAGUAUUUGCCCAGAGACCACUCCAGCUCCUUCAUACAACAGAACUAUGGCCUGCGAGCCAAAAGGAAAGUGCGCUACAGUGACGAUUACUUGUAUGACGUCGAUUCCAUCGAGAGCGAGAAGAUCGUGGAUAAGAAAGAGUGGCAUCCCGAUGGGCCCAAGGAGGAAGACGACGACGAAUGGUGUCCAAAGAAAAGGCGAAAAGUCUCCCGCAAGGAACCUCCGGUCAUCAUCAAGUAUAUCAUCAUCAACCGUUUCAAAGGGGAGAAGCACAUGCUAGUGAAGCUAAGCAAAGUGGAUUCCAGCGAGACCACCGUGACCCUGAGUGAGGAACUCUUGAGCAAAUACGCCAAGCUGGCUCCCCUGAAGGCAUUUUGGCAAGAGAGGUGGCAGAGCCGCCUCAGUCUCCUCAGGUCGGCACUGUAUCGCAAGCAGGGCUUCUAUCUCAACGGCUCGGAGGUCUCCUUCUUGCCUCACCCACGAAAGCGCAAGUGCAAGUUAGCCAACCGGCACCGGAUUCAGCGGAUCAAGGCCAUCGAGCAACCAGUGGGCAAGCUGGGCUCUUGCUCUUUGGAUCCAAAGCAGCUCUGUCACAGGAUCGGAGACGGCGACGAGGCGGGUCUGAAAGAGAUGCAAGCGUUGGCCAUCACCACCUCGGCCUGCGCAAACGGGCUGCGCCUGAACGACAUCGUCGGCCUGGGCUCGCCCAAGUGCAAAUUGCAGGACAGGGACUUCAAGGGGCCGGAAAGGAAGGUCCUGCGCAGGAUCAAGUUCAAAAGCGAGGCCAGGUUGAAAUGCAAGCGCAUCAAGGCUGCCGCCAGCCUGGCCGAGGCCUCCCCAGCCUUGGAGAACCAGGAGCACGCCACGAGUUCAAAGGAAGAAAGUGUUCCUUGCGCCGCAGACGGCUCUCGCCUCUCCGAGUGCCAGGAGGAUAAGGUUGCUAAAAAUUCUCCGUCAUUCCUACCCACCACCUGCUCUUCAGACAAGCCUCCUCCAUCUGCUGCUCUUGCUGCCAGCGUGCCCCUCAUCCCCGGAGGGUAUCUGCAGACGUUGUUAGAUGCCUCCGAUUUGUCGAGCGGCGCCGGCAUCGCCUACUUCAGUUCCCAGCCCCCCGAGCGGCAGCAGGAGCCGCUCCCCAGCCUUGCUCAAGCCGAGAAAUCCUUCUGCGCUCUGCAGCCGGCCCAGAGCUGCAUCCUCUCACCGCCCUCUGAAUCGGAGCUGCAGCAGUCACCAAGCCACUUGGAAAUGGAGCCAAGCAACUUUGGGAGCCUGUGGCCAGCCAGCAAAGCCUCUGGCAACGACAGUCAAGACUUCACAAGCGACAUGCAGGACGCGUCCGGCCUGUCGACGACGGCAGAGUUUGUUGGCGGCACGGGUGCAGAUAGCCUCUCGGCCCCUGGGUAUGGUCAGGUAGAUCUCAGUGGCAGCAAGUUACUAUACCAAAAAAAAUACCUGCCGGAUAGCCAGCAAUCUCAGUCCGAUGACUCCUUCCAGUCGUGUCAUUUUAGCAACAGAGAGGGACCUUUCCAUUUCCAGCGAGGUACACUAAGUACAGAUGAUGGGAGGCUGGUUAGUUUUGACUCAGUGGGCUCUUUGUCGGUUAGCUCUAGCAAUUAUAGUUCCCUAAGUUUAAAGUCCUGUGAAAAGGAUGGGGACGAUGAUAUCGCUGAUGAUUUCCUGGCCCACUGUAGCCCCAAACUGGUCAUCCAGCAAAGCAUAGAUGAAAUCACUCCCUUGAAAGAGUCCACCGACCUCUUAGAUAUUUCUAACUUCACACCCGAUAAGUUCCGCCAGUCCUCGCUUUCCGAAAUGUCUCCCCCAGAUACCCCUAACCUUUCCCCGCAGAUAACUGGGCCAGAAACCAAACCGGUAGGAAAUAUAAAAUGUUUUCCCGACAGCUCCCAAGCCGUGCUAAGCAGUCUUGAGAAGGCCAAGUGGAGCUGUGGGGUCCUCCAGACCCAAGACCAGGCCGAUAAUGGAUUCACUUUAAAUAAUCACCAAUUUCAGUUCCAUAUGUUCAACGAUGAGGAUUCUGUCAGCCUCCUUGAGAAAAGCCCGUGCUUGUCAACAUUUAAUGAGCCAUCUGGUCAAAUUAGCACCAAUAGCAAAGUGUCAAAAUCAAAGAAGAAGAGUUCAGCUAAUAAAAAUGUGGGCACAAACCAAAGCCUUCCUCAGAAAAACGUUAGGAAAAAGUCGCCCAAAACCAGCAAAGGGACCGAAAAGCCGCAAGGCAAGAACUCCCGGCAACCUCCCAAAUCGACACGGAGAGGCAAAAACGCAGCUGGCGUGAAUGGCGAAAAGGGCCCAGGGGUCGGCGGGAGAGCGGCGGCUCCGUUGAACGGUCCGGCCUCGGCGGCCAAAGCCUUGGUAGAGUCCAUCCGGCAGUGCGGCCCAAACUCCGUCCGGCUGGGGAAGCAUAACGGACUGCCGGGCGAGUGGGCCCUGGGGAAAGACGGCAGCGGAGGCUGGUCAGAAACCAGCAUCGGAAAUGCCAACAGCCUCCUUGAUGACGAUCAAAGGGAAUUCGAGGAGCCAUCCAACAUUUUAUCAAACAUUGCAUCUGGCAUGGCAGAUGUUCAGAGGUUUAUGAUGGCCUCCAUCGAACCCUUGUGGGGCCCCGUGGGCCAUAACAACGUCUCGGAUCUAUUCCGGUCGCCGGAAUCCAAUAGCCUGAAAUUGAAAACUCUUAAGAUCCUGGCCGGGACGUCUCAAGACUCCAAGAAAAAGGCGAAUGGCAAUUCGACGGGAAAGGGCCACAAGUCGGGGGGCAAGGGCUCGGGCAAAGCCGGCGGCAGGUGCGACCCCGGGCGCCCCAACUGCUCGGCCGGAUACGCCGCCACGGACCUCCACCCGGCCUUUUUUGAUAAAAGCUAUAGUAACCUGAGCACUUUAGCCAAAAACGAGCCUACCCAUAAAAAGCUGUAUCGGCAUAAAUCCACGUCUAAGUCCUUGAGGGAUGAGAACUGUAAAGGGAAGCGAGCGGAGCGGGAUCAGGCCCAUAAGGAGCCCUGUGUGACAGCUGCGUUUGAGAAACUGAGGGAAACAGACUACAUACUCCUUAAAGCAGAAACAGCAUUUUUGAUUUUACCUGUAAUUGAAGAAGAGACACCUUUUUCUAAAAAGACAUUGAUUGGAUGCUUGCUUGGGUUCUUCUUUCCCCCGUUUUUCAUUUUCCUUUGGUUCCCUGCCCCUUUUUCUCACUCGAAAGGGAAAAAAAAACCAAUAUUAACAAUGCCUUGUAAUAUGUUGAAGUGUUAAGUGCUGAAAUCAAAAGUUUGAAAAUCGUGGGACUUUUAUAUUCUAACAUGGUUUAUUCCCUGUGUUUCAAAACAAAACAAAACAAAAAAAAGGUCGUACUGUUGUACAGUUGUUGAUGCACUAUGAUCCACAACAGCCACACAAAUUGUGCCAAACUCUGAACAAGUGUUGUACUGUACAUAUUUUUACAUCCAAAUGGGUUGUGAGUGUUUUUCUGGAGCUUUGUUUGGUUUGGGUUUUGCCUUUUUUUUUUAAUUUCCUGGAAGCAUUUCUGUGAUAACAAAUGAGCCACCCCUUGCCCUUGAAAUCAGCCGCCUCGCAAACGAUCUCGGUCGGGUCAUGUACGAUGCACCAAAUGUUUUAUGGACAUCACGCAAAUAUAUGUGCCAAAUUGACUUACCUCAUUUCAUAGGUUUUGCCCUGUGGUUUACAACCCAACAAGAGCCAAGGGUUUCUUGCUGGGGGCGGGUUGGGAAAGGACUUUUUCCAUCCCGGAAAGUACAGAUAAAAACAUUAAAAUUCAACCGGAGAGAAAGGUUUUAUGGAAGAAUUUUAGAUACCAAACUCUUAUCACGCCAGGUAAGUUUACUAGAAACUCAAGCAAUUAGAAACUCAAGCAAGUGUUCUCUCCUGUUCUAAUUUCAAGAUUUUACUAAAAAAUAAUUUCAAAAUUGUACGGUCAAUCCUUUGUAUCAGUUUUCUAUAUUUUGUAACGCAACCUGGGAUCAAUUCUAAACGUAGCGAGAAAAACCAGAGCUGAGGCAUUCCAUCGACACUGCAUCGUUCUCUCAUUCUGAGCCAUUUUGUACCCAUUUUUACGCUUCUCCCGGCAGAAGAGCUCACGGAGCCAAACUUUGGUGUUUUCUAAGUGUUUAACCUUUGCCGUGACAAUAUUAUCCGAUGGUUUGUAAAAAAAACAAAGCAAAACAAGGUGGGGUUUUUUUUGAUGCAAUUACGAAUUUGUACGUCGACUCUGUAGUAAAUCAUGCAAAAGGAAACGGAACUCUUGAUGACUUCACCAAAUUGGGGGCCAGAUCCAGGAAAUAUAAUAAUAACAAUAAAUAUAUAUAGAGAGAUAUAAUGUGCUUUUUCAAGAGAGUAAUAAGUGCUGGCUGCUGAAUGAAGUGUAAUUUUCAAAAGGCCUUAUUUUGAACCUUAAACCCUGCCCCAAACUCCUUACUUCCAAGAAGACAAAGUCUUGACGUUAUUGUAUUAUUUUUUUCCCCUGUAUACCUGAGCCUGAGCCUGUGCAUUUUGCUGCUGAUAAAUAAUGAAAACUUGACCAUGCCAGAGGCCUGUCUGCUUGGAAACCUUUUGGAAGCAGAGGCAGAUAAGAUUAAGACUUGAUGCACUAGAAAAAAGUAAUGUGAAAAGGAUACUUGAUGGAGGAAAGGAAAACACUGAAAUGAGCAGCGACUUAAAGCUAAAUUAAACCAAGUCCUGUUUCGCCAUUCCUUUCAGCUGAGCUUGAUCAAAACAGCCAACGCCUUCUCUUGUUCAUGCCCUUUGGGUUUGUAUACGUGCAAGUUUGUGUCCCCGAAAGCAGAUAUUUCCUCUGUUCCCUCGUAACGGAGCGUAAGAUGGGCAUUCUUGUUGUUUGCUUCAAAGCCUUUGUGUUAAAUCAGUGAAACCAAUUAUUUCCUCGCAGAAGAGCUAUGGAAAAAAACCACAGUGGUCGGGGUGGCCUGAGCCUUUCUUUGUCCAGGCUGUCUUGUCUUGAAAUCAUAGAAUCAGUGCUAAUACUUGAACUCUGAGGCUGCUUUGCCGUGACUCCAAAAGCAAUACACUCCUCGGUUUGCAGGUGGAAGGAAGAGGCCUGGCAAAUCUGGCUCCGUUCUUGGUGUCUUGGCUUCCAGAUCUCCAGCAAGACAUAGUGAUCCGUGAUGGUGGCCUCUGGUUAAGCCUGAUCACACUUUUAUGGGCCCAGCUUGGCUUCACAAUCAGUCGAUCUUUGGACGGGGACAUCCCAAAAGUCCAGCGGCUCUCAACCUUUGGUUGUCUAGAUCAGAUCUUUCUAAACAUGUCAUGUGGAUGACACUCUUUUGAGACAUUUCGCGACACAGUUGUUCAGUUUGGCUGGCAAAACAGAGGUUGAGCCAACCUCUUAUAAGGGAUACUUACACAUAGACAAAAUUGUAAAAGCAAAAUGUAUGGGGUCACAACAUAUCUCAUGAAAACCUUGUUUGUAUUUAUAAUAAUAAUAAUAAUAAAUAAUAAAUAAUAAUAACUACUCAGCCACUAUCAGGAUCUCAAGAUUGAACUUCAAAGACUCUGGCAGAAACCAGUGCAGGUGGUCCUGGUGGUGAUCGGCACACUGGGUGCCGUGCCAAAAGAUCUCA